GCACGGUAGUCAGCGAUUGGCACAUAUGCCUGCGCGUCCGACCGGUGAAAGGGUAUGUAAGCACUGGGAAUAGAUGCAGACUGGCUCAUUGCUUGAACGCCCUUCGACGGCCACCGCUACAUCCCGCCAUGGGCCACAGGGUCCCCACCAGUCUGAAAGGGUUGGGUCCUGAUGACAUCAACCUACGUUUCCCGGGAUUAGGCCUCGACAUUCCUUGCACGGCAGAAGGCGGCGGCGUCGACAGUGACGGCAUUCCAAUGUCUUGCUGUCACAUUCUCGAACGGCUGUCCGCAUGGAAUCGAUUCCUCUGGCACGUCGGCUUGCAGCUGCGUGAACUCGCCGCACCCGGAAAGCUGUCCCUUGUGCGGAUCGUCCACAGGGGCAGCUGCGGCCUCAAGCAAGAAGUGCGCAGUCACGACUCUCUGCUUCUCUUCCACCUGCUCUUGGUGCGGCACUGUUGCGUCGUGAGCGCUCACCUCGACGAAGUCGUCUGCGAAGGAAGUGGGCUCGGCGAGUACCGAGAGCGCGUCGUCUCGGCGCUUCAGAACAACACCAGUCUGAGAGUGUUGACCCUCGGCAGCCUAUUUUGCGACUACAGGUUCAUUCGAGAGGACAUGUUCAGGGCGAUAUCAACGAUGACGAACCUGCGAGAACUGGUCAUCUGGGGCACCGGCGCAGUGCCCUCGGGCCUGCUGGACGCGAUCUGUGCGCUCCUGGACAACACGAAAUGUCUGGCCACUCUCUCGAUGUCGGGUCUCUUUUUCGACGAGGGAAACAGGCAUCGCCUCCUCGCCGCCCUUCGGCAUAACGACACAAUCGCGAACCUGUCUUUGCACGGCAGCGUUCUUGAUUCUCAGAUAUCGAACGGAGUGCCCAUAUUCUCCCGUUUUCUGACCACCAGUAUUCGCCUGUGCUCUCUGAGCCUGCACGUUGGGCGUUCGGAUUCGGCAAACACGUACAGCGAUCUAGCGUGCAUGACAUCAGCGCUCGUCGUUUGCGGAACGCUCUCGAGGCUGAAACUUUCCGGCUUCUUUCUAAACGCCUACUACGCGGGCCUACUUGCUAGUCUCGUGUCGCGGGAGGGUGGGCUGCUCAAACACCUCGACAUUAGCGGCUGCCACUGGAGAGCGUCGUCGUGGCCUCACGACGACGCUCGACUAAAAGACUUGGACCAAUCAGGUCCCGCCUUCUGCAAACCUAUCUGUCCCUGGCUUCAGAGGUUCGACAAUACGUGGGUGAAACUCUCGUAUCUCGCGCUCAGAUUCGCGGGACUCAAGCCAGAUGUCCUAGGAGCUCUCUUGAACACCGCCGCCACCGUCAAAUCUCUCGACACCAUCUCUGUCAGUGACGUGGCGCUGUCGCAACUGAAGGAAGUCUGCCAAGUCAUACGGGAGACCGGAAUGAGUGACCGAGUCCGUAUAGAAGGCGAAUACCUUGUCGACGAGGUGGCACUAGAUAUGCUCCAAGAGUUUCCAGAACGACUGCGGCACGUGGCCGUCAGUUCGCUCCGGGAGCCGAGACUGGAGGUGUUUCGAAACACUGUUCAGAUGGCGUGCUCCUGGUACCAGCUGAAUGCACUCUGUCUGCUCCUGACGCAGGCUGUUCUAAGCGACGACGCCGCUGUGCGCUUGUUGAGCAACUGCUUGCGCACUGCUACCGGCCUAAGGGAGCUCAAGUUGAGGGGUUGUUACAAGCCAGACCUCAGCCCCUGUCUUCGGGCAGAAGACAGUUCUCACUGCGUGCUUCUCGAGGCUAUCUUCGCAAACCCGGGCGUACGAGAGCUGCGAAUGACCGGGUUUCGUCUAGGCCGGGGCAACUUGUGGUUCCUGGCCGACCAGGUGAUCGCCAGCGCGACGCUGUGCGAAGUAUCCUUUGCAUCCUGGGAGAUUUUUGAAAACGAAAGGUUUGUUCAGUUCCUCGCUGCAGAUUUCCGCGAGAACAAGACGAUCGUACGCUUGGAAGUCUUGGAAUCUGUUGACAGAGAAGCGCAAGAUGAGAGGUUUGUCCUCGAAGAUCUCAUCGGCCGCAACAUAGGCUACCUCACGUGCGCGGCCCACUUCGUAGUCCACGAUCGCUCCUUGCCGCGCUGCGCAAAAGCCUACGAGACCGUCCACCAUAGCCCAGCCCUGAACGAGAAAAUUCAGGAGCUCUCGUCCUUGAAAGAGGCGUCGCGAAACGAUGGAAGGAAAUUUUGGGAUGACGUGAUUUUAUAGCAAGUGUCGCGAGUAGUAUCUGACAAAGAGGGCAGCGGUGUUCUCUGCUACUAUUAUUCAGUCAUUCGGUUAUUGAAUCAUUUACCAUUUCGUUGUCCUGUUCGCUGUUUACGUGUGCACGUCCUUAUGUCUAUUGACGCUAUCCUUCAGUGAGUGGUAGGUUGAGUUUUCAGCGCUCUGGCAUCAAACAAUUAAAACGUAUCUACUCUUACAUUCCAUUAACCUGCUUUACUACGAAGAAUGGUGUCACGAGUUCGCCACAUGUUGUGUUUUAGCCUCGUAGGCGUCUGUGUUAUUAGCAGUGUUACCGAUGUUCAUCGGUAUAUUACGGGUUUGCCUGCUCUAUACUCCACACCAGAUUUUAGCUUCGACAUUGCCUCAGAUGUUCAGAAAUCUUUGAAAUAAAUGCACUGAGUGCUUACAUUUA